AUGCCAAACAAAGCUCAAGAGGAUGCUGUAAUUAACAUGAAGACUAUGCAGGAGAUUUCCAAGCAGCUUGGUUUUGAGUGGACAGUUUUGGCGUAUGAGCUUGGCUUCAGUAGAACUGAGAUCACACAGUUCCACAUCAAAUCUAAAGAGAAAAGCCUCCAGGCCAGGACAAUGUUAGAGAGCUGGUAUGAAAAGUCAUGGGACAAGCCCAACAAGACCAAGGUUCUGCAGAAUGGGCUGGAGCGAGCAGGCAGACGGGAUCUGGCGGAGAGGCUGCGCUGCCUCCACUGGGGCCACCAGAGGCUGAGUCAAAGAGUGGAGUUGCCCUCCGCCUUCCCCUUUAUAAUCACAGUCCACAAGACCAUCCAUAACAAAGACGCACUGCGUAGGAUUAAUGACCUCAGCCGUAGAUACACUUAA